AUGGCGCCCCAGACGGACGUCCAGUCCCCAGCGUCGAAAAAGCUUGGAUCGAAGCUCAAGAAGUCGAAGGAUUCUACAGGAGAGGAGGGAAUUGCAGGCGCACAGGAGUCCACUCCCAGCAAAAAGGACGCCAAGUCCGACAAGAAGGACAAGAAAAAGCGCAAGUCCAUUUCCGAAGAUGCGGCUCCCGAGACCGACGGCGAAAUGAAGAAAAAGAAGAAGCGCCGCCAUACCGAAGAUGACAACGACCAGAAAGACAAGGAUGAUGAAUCGCACACGAAAAAGAAGAAGCGAGUUUCAUUCGGACCCGGAACAAAGGAAUUCGACGGCGACUCUGAAAGUGAGUCGGACGAUGUCGACAGCAAUGAUGCUGCCGCAACCGACGGAGCCGAAGCAGACACCGAAGACGCCGGAGACAAGACCGCCGAGGAGAUGAAGCAGCGCAAACGGGAGAAGAAGAAGCAAAGAAAAGCCGGUACCGCCUCGGCUGAGGCCCCAAUCCACGAGACGCCUAUUCUCUCGUACCUGAGCCACUACCACCGAGCACGCGCCACAUGGAAGUUCCAAAAGAACCGGGAAACCAACCUGUUCAAGCACUUGUACUCGCUUGAGCAUGUCCCCUCUAAGUACAAUACAUCACUGCUGGCGUACAUGCAGGGCCUGAAGGGUGAUGCCGCCAAGGAGCGAAUGAGCAAUGCUGCGAGGGGAGACGAAGAAGGGGAGACCCGGGAGCCUUCAACAAACCCCGAGUACCUGGAAGCUAUCAAUGCGUUCCGCGAGUGCUUGCCAAAGGGAGAUGAGGAUCUGGACAACGUCAACUUCGGAGAAAAGUUGGAGGGAGACGUUCAAAAGCGUUUGCCGAAGAGGCAGCGAGCAGAGCUGGUCUUUUUCGCUGUUGCCGGCAAGCUUUUCAGCGCUGAGGACUUGAAGAAGCCGAAACCGAAACGCAAGGCUCCCGAGCCCGUGGUCAACAAGAAGCGGAAGAACAGAACUAUGGUUGUGGAUAUCAGCAGCAGCAGUGAGGAUAGUGAUGAUGAUACCCCGGCUCCCAAGAAGGCUGUCAACAAGCCCGCGCCUGAUAGCGAUGACGACACCUCGUCGAGCGGCAGCAGCAGCAGCAGCAGCGACAGCGACAGUGAUAGUGAUGACAAGUCGUCUGCUGCCCCGGCCCCGGCCAAACAGAGUGCUGCGAAGAUUCCUUCAUCGUCCGCCCCCAGUGGUGCUGCAGUGCCUAAGGAGACCAAGGCUGCCAAGCAGAAGAAGGAGAAGUUUGUACCAGUCCGCAAAGAAAAGCCUAAGCCUGCUGUGCCGAAAAAGACGCAGAAGCGAAAGCUCAGAACUGCUCAGAUCGAAAUCUCGAGCAGCGAGAGUGACAGCGAAUAG